GCCAAGCUUUUGCGCGCCUUUCCGGAAGUGCUCAUCAUGAUCAAAGGUAUCAGCGCAGCUGCUCGGUCCGUUUUCUUCACCAUCUUUCUGCUGAUCUUGGUGUUGUACAUCUUCGGCAUAGCCUUCACGCAAAUUUGCUCAGGGCCAGAUACUCCAAGCGAUCUGCGAGCGAAGUUCCUCAACGUUCCGGAAUCCAUGCUGACACUGCUGUUCCACGGAGUGUUCAUGGACGACAUGGUGGAUCUGCUCACUCCGCUGCGACAGAACGCCCUUGCUUUCGCCAU